AUGGAAAUUUAUGCUGGUAAACAACCAGAUUGGCCAUUUCAAGUUGAAAAUGGUGCAAGCGAAGUUGUCAAACGUUUAAUAAGGCCCUUAUACAACUCUGGUCGAAAUUUAACAGUUGAUAAUUGGUAUAUGGGAUAUGAAUUAUCUCAAAAUCUCCUAAAGAAGAAAAUUACGAUAGUAGGUACAAUGCGUAAAAAUAAGAGAGAAAUCCCACCUGAGUUUCUGGCAAAGAAAAGAGAAGUAUAUUCUUCAAUUUUCGGUUUUCAGAAAGAAGCAACACUUGUAUCUUAUGUGCCGAAAAAAAAUAAGAGUGUGAUCCUAUUAUCCACAAUGCAUUCCAGCGAUCAAGUCGAUGAAUCUACUGGGGAAUCUAAAAAGCCUGAAAUCAUUACAUUCUAUUACAUGACAAAAGGAGCAGUCGAUGUUGUAGAUGAGAUGGCAGCUGCGUAUUCUACAGCAAGAGUAGCACUUUCUCCUAAUGAUAAGUGCAAGCUGUAUUGCAGAGUUGCUGGAUCUGCAUCAUACUUUAUUCUCCGGGAAAAAGUAAUUGAUGGAACCCCAUGUGACCUAGGAUCAUUCAGUUUAUGUGUAAAUGGAAACUGUGAAGUUGCUGGUUGUGAUCAUAUCCUUGGUUCUAAGAAGACUCUUGACCGUUGCGGUGUGUGUGGAGGGGAUAAUAGUACAUGUAAAGAAAUUACUGGACACUUUAAUAAAAAGGUUGAUUAUGGCUAUCAUAAUGUUGUAAUGAUCCCUCCUGGUGCUAGCAAUAUUUACAUAAAACAACACAGUUCUGAUGAAAAUGUGGAUGAUAAUUAUAUUGCUUUGAAAGAUCCAGACGAAAAAUACAUUUUGAAUGGAGACUUUAUGAUCAGUAUGUUCCGCAAGACAUUGCUAUAUCAUGGAAUAAUGAUAGAUUAUUCAGGAAGUGAUAGUGUUGUUGAAUAUGUAAACAGUUCUAAACCUCUCCCUAAAGAUUUAUUUGUUCAGGUUCUUGUUGUAGGGAAACUUCAACCGCCUAAUAUCAGUUUCAGUUAUACAGUUCCUAUUUCUGAUUACAAAAAGUAUUCAUGGAAAUUAGCAACGCAAUAUUCUGAGUGUUCACGAAUGUGCAGUGGUAUCAGCACAUUAAAGCCUAUUUGUGUCCGGUUGUCUGAUCAAUAUCCUGUAAAUGACAAUCAUUGUGCUAACCAUUUAAAACCACGUCUGCAAAAAACUCGAAAGUGUAAUGAAUAUUGUGUACUGAAAUGGCAAGAUGUAAGCAAAGCAGAGUGUUCAGUUCAGUGUGGGAGAGGAAAACGAAACAAGAUGAUUAAGUGCAUGAAAGAAGAUUUAACUUCUCAGAUUGCACAUGUUGUGCCAGAAGAACACUGUCAACAUUUAGGUCCAAAGCCUAGCUCUGAAGAAAACUGCUGGGGCUCAUGUUUGAAUUCAUCAUGGAUUUAUUCAGAUUGGUCAGAGUGCUCAGUAACUUGUGGAAAAGGAGUACAGCAUCGUUCCUCUGAAUGCCAAAACAGUGAAAAUAUAAAACAACCUGACAGUCACUGUGAUCCUUCCACUAAAAUUACUUCAAGGGAAUGUGACCAGGGUCAGUGCCCUUACUGGAGUGUUGGUAACUGGACAGAGUGCUCAGUGACAUGUGGUUCUGGAAUAAAAAGUAGGCCUUUGUGGUGUCAACAUGAGAAAAAGUAUGUUGACAGUCGCUAUUGUAAAAAUGAAGAUAUUCCAAAUACUACAGAAAGAUGCGGUGGUGGUGAAUGUUAUUCUUGGAACACUGAAGAAUGGGAAUCAUGCUCUGUAAGCUGUGGUGAUGGUGUAUCGAAGAGACAUAUCUAUUGCCGUUCUUCUUAUGAGGAAGUUAAUGACUCGCAUUGCAUACAUUUGCUUCGUCCUGCUGCUUUCAAAAAUUGUUCUACUGGUAUUCCAUGUGCCAGCAACAUCAUAUCCAAAGAAAAUAUUUCAGAGCAGCAUAUUAAGGAACGGAUGCGAACUCAGCGUAUAGUUGGCCACCCUAAUACCAUUUCAGAAUUUUUUCAUGCUAUUUGGAGGGAAGGAGAUUGGACAAAGUGUUCAAAUUCAUGUGGAGAAGGUACAAGAAGAAGAACUGUAACCUGUAAUAAUUUAGAUGAUGGUUCUCGUCUUCCUCCAGAUCACUGUGAUCCCAAAUUAAAACCAAAAAUUGUAGAAAAAUGUUUUAGCCAAGCAUGUAACCGCUGGGAGUUUGGAGAAUGGUCUGAGUGCUCAUGUCAACGAGCAGUUCGAGAAAGGCAGGUGCUGUGUAUUACAUCAAAGGGAGACCCUGGAGACCCUGUCUUGUGUGGCUUAGAAACUAAACCUUCUGAUUCUGAAACCUGUGUAUGUUCAAAUAAUAUGAAUCUUUAUGAUGAUAAUUCUUCAGUCUGGAAGACUGGUCCAUGGGCUGAAUGCUCAGUUAGCUGUGGAAAUGGAAUUAAGCGGCGCCAGGUUUUGUGCCAUGCAGAUAAUGGUUCUUACAGUUUCAAUUGUGACACCAGUCAUAAACCUUCUGAAACUUUAGAAUGUAGCAAUGGACCCUGCCCUAAUUGGUCUGCAGAAGAAUGGAGUGAGUGUAGUACUACUUGUGGAAAAGGUGACCAGGUUCGAAGAGUUCAGUGCUAUAAUGACAGUGGACAGAGAAUACCUGAUAUAUUUUGUGAUAUUUCAAGGAAACCUGAAGUAACACAACAGUGUAUGAAACAAGACUGUCAUUUAAUCAAUGAAUACAAAUGGCUUGAAGGUCCAUGGUCGCAGUGUUCAUUAACUUGUGGCUUGGGUGUGCAGCACCGUAAUGUAGAUUGUAUUAAUAGCCAGGGGCACAAACAAAACCAUAACAAUUGCCCGGAUCCAGUACCUCCUAGCACACGUUCCUGUCAUGUACGUAGUUGCCCAACUUGGCAAUGGUCAGAAUGGACUGAGUGUCCUGCAAGUUGCGGAUUCAAUGAGCAAUUCAGCCAUCCUCACUGUGUGAGCGAAGAAAGAGUUAUCAGUGAUGAAGACUGCUUUGAACCAAAACCUCCUCCUCGUAGAAGACAAUGUAAAAGACAGCCUGAGUGUGCUUUUAAAUGGCACAAAGGGACAUGGUCUCAGUGCCAUGCUUCAUGUGGUCUCACUUACAAAACACGAGAGAUUGUUUGUGUGGAUCAUGAGUAUACCCGUGUGUCUGAUGAAUUCUGUGUAUCACAGCAUAAGCCUAAGAGAAAACGAAAGUGCAAUUUAAAGCCAUGCCCUUAUAAAUGGGAAACUGGGCUUUGGUCUGAAGUAAGUAAAAUCUUUAUUCUCUCACACCCUUUGGAUUUCUGUGUCUGA